ACUUCUUGCAUGUUCAGUAGUCGCGUGGCAGAUUCGCAGCAGCUCGCCUGUAGGUGUUCUGUGAGCUCGCCGUGUUCUCUGAGCUCGCAGCUUGACAGGCCAAGGCUGAAGUGGUGUGUGCGUGCUGUGUUGUAAGCUGUUUUUACGUGCUCGGAGCGUCUGCCACUGCCCACGGCCGGACGCGUUCGACCGGCCCCCAUCGGCGCGCGUGUUGGAUUACGUGAUGGCCUUCCGCGCAGCAUCAGCACCGUGCGUCCGGUGCAUGUGGUGACAUCCGCCGGCUUGGAGGAGCUCGCUGCGUGCCAGACGCGACGAUGCACUGACAGACGGAGUCGUGCGUGCGACAUGGAGUCCAGAGAUCGCCCCCGCGUCGGCUUCUGGUGGGGCGGCAAGAAGAGCCGCGAAUUGAGCACCGAGGACUUCAAGGAAGCCUGCGCAUCCCAUGGUCUGGAACUUGUAAAGUUGGACCUGACCAAGUCCCUUGAGGAGCAGGGACCACUGGCGGCCAUUGUGCACAAGUUCUGCGACAUCCUUGUGCGUGCUGACCACGGUGACGCCGAGUGCCAGCACAUCACGGCUGAGUUUGAGCGUUUUUGCCGGGCCCACCCAAGUGUGGUAGUCGUUGAUCCUCUGGAGAAUGUACGCAAGGUGCUCAACCGCUUCCACCAGUAUCGCCUGGUUGAGCAGAGCCCCCUGGCCUCAACAGAAUGGAUAUUUGUGCCUCCCUUUGUGGAGCUCAGUGGAGCGAAUGUGGAGGCGGAUCGAGCGGUGCUUCGAGAGCGAGGUGUCCAGUUUCCCAUUGUGUGCAAGCCGCUUGUGUCGCACGGUAUGAAGAAAGCCCACCAGAUGUGCCUGGUGUUUGGCGAGCACGGCCUGGCCGACCUGCAGGGUCCCUGCGUGGCCCAGCAGUUUGUGCCUCAUGAGGGACGCCUGCUCAAGGUGUACGUGCUGGGACAGCGCUACCACCUCACAUGGAGGCCAUCGCUUAAGGACUUUGUGGCCAACAACUCGCCGACGAUCUUCUUCAACAGCCAGGAUGUUUCCAAGCCACACUCCAGCUCUCCACUCAAUGCCCAAGCUGCUCUGGAUGGGAUGCCCAUGCCAUGCCCACGAAAACUUCGGUUCAUGGUGGACACGAUGCGGCAGCAGCUUGGCCAGCGACUCUUUGGUAUCGACAUCAUUGCCGAGAAGGACACGGGUCGCCUCUGCAUUAUCGACGUCAACAACUUUCCCGGCUACGAUGGGGUGUCAAACUUCCUGGACCAGCUGAGCGGCAUGCUUGCCGAGCUCGUUGGUUCCGAGCUACCAGACUCCGGCAUUGAUACCUCCGACUCGUCAGAUGAGACCCCUCGGCGACUGCAUCACUGACCAAUAACUCACUGACCUUCCGACACGAGCACGUGCACAUCACGUUCGGCGUGCAGCAUGCGUGCGGCACGCAAGCUUCCUACGAUGGCCGCUAGGGGCAGCGCGUCCUGGCGGCAGAAGAGGCUAGUGCAUCCGCUGUUUCCAGUGGCCACCAUGCGACAGAGCUCCGGGUAGAACUGAGGCAGCGUCGGAAGCUCGUAGAAGACUAGACGCUGCACGCCCUUGAUUCGAUAACGCCUGUAGAAGUGGAACCGCUCUGUAUACAGCAUCAGUCGUCGUCGGCCAGUGAAGAAGACUCCUCGCGCUCGAGACACCUUGGCAUCGGACGUGUACUCGCAAAUCUGGCAGAAGCUAGCAUCGAGCAAGCGUAGGUGAUUACGCAGCCGGACAAAGUCGAAGUACGAGCGUAUGUACACCAUGCAACCUUGGGAGCCCUCUCGCAGCAGAGGUGGCAGCACCUUCUCUGUGAAGAACCGGAAACGCGCUUCGGGCACGUCGGCGGCUGAGGCAGUCUCAAAACGCUGGAACACUUGUGCCAGGGAAACGGUCACCUCUGUUAAAGAAAAAAUGUUUGUAGCAAUUAAUGAAAACCUUCAUGACAGCCAAAUUACAAUUUACAUUCGAAAGAAAAGUAUGCAGGGUAUAGUUCUAUGACCAAUCGACUGCCAAAACAUUGUAUUUUCUGUAAGUCCGAAUCAACCGUGCUUCAUUCUAGUGCUACCUGAACUGAUGAUUAUGUUUAUGUUGAAUCUCUUUAUAUAUAUUGAAGAAAAAAAAAUGCAUAAGGCAGCUUUGUACAGUGGUUUCCACGAGUGCAUUAAAAGUGUUGGCACUGUACA